CGUAUCACGAGGAGGAACUAGUAAGCGAUCUGCAGAAAGCGACACAACGGAAGAGAAGGUUACGCGGGGGAGUAGCGACGGGACAUGAACGGGACUGCACUACACACGACGGAUUGGUACUCAUUACAUGUGGUAGGGAGACUGGAUGGACCAUUAGUGUUAGUGAUCAUAAAACUCCAGCUCCAUACCAGACUGUGCAUAGUUGAGGAGACAGAGUGUUUCCGCCGUGCCCUGCGUGAGGCAAGGGGGACGGGACUUUGGAUUGGAAUAGAAGGAGGACGGAGGAUAAAGUACGUACUCCGAGUAACACCCUUCGAAGGUCGGUCUCGGAUAAGGGCAUGGUAUGAGACGACCAGAGAGGCUGAGAGGUUGAAGAUAAGCGAAGUCAGGAAAGCUGGAGACUUAGGGAGAGUAGUAACAGAUGGUGCAAUACUCAGGGUGUUAGCCGCUCACAACCGGUACUGGAAGGAAACGAUGAAGACUUUAGAGGCGAUAGACGAAGGAGGAGAUAAUGAGGACUUUGAGACAUUUUAUGACGUAUUGGAGCGGUCGGCGAUGAGGGGUUAUGGUAUCACGRAAUAUCUGGAAAAGUGGGAGCUUCACGCCAGCCGGAGUCAGUGGUCGGAGGAAGAGAUUAUAGAGAACUUCCUAUUUAAUGUGGACCCAAGUCUUGGUAGGGAAGUUAAGGAAGCUCGACCGAAGGAUGGGAAAUGGACUACGUACAAGAAGAACCUCGUUGAGCUUUAUAAAUUGGAGGAUAACAAGUAUUCCAUCAAGGACCUUGAAACAAUGACUCAAGAUGAAGAUGAGAGCGUACGGGCAUUUGGGAUGCGUUUCCAAAAGAUCUCUGACGUGCUGAUGAAGAAGGGGAAGAUCUCAGAGGUCGAGCGCUGUACUAUCUUCAUUGGACACUUGUCCAAAGGUAGGCAAAAGAGUAUACUUAGAGAUCUUCCGCGCGACAGGCUUGAUUUCCCAGAAGUCCUAAAGCUCGCGAUAAAGACAGAGGCAGACGAUUACAAGGACUUGGUGUGGAGAGGGAUGAGGAGACUUGACUUCUCUCUCUACAAGGAGUAUGCUACUGAUAGAUGUCCGGAUUUUAAGGAUUAUCCCUGGUCGGAGAAGAAUGAGGCCGUAGCUGAGGGAGUAAAGGAGAUACGGGACAUGGUGAAGGGAUUAACGAGACAGGUUACAGAGAUUGUGACCGCUACAGGGGCCGCGACCUACCGGGACAAACCUGGAGGGCCCUAUUCACUUUGCUGGGACCGUACGAACAACGAUCCCUGGAGGAGUGUCGAGGAUAGAAAUCCUCGGACGCUGACUGAUUAUCGAACGAGGGGAAGACAGAGAGACGAUGAGCCAUGGCGACAUAGGGACGAUGAGAUAGACCGAGACCGCAGAGACCGCGAGCCGUUUGUGCGAGCAGGGAGGCUGAAUGAUUACCCGCGAAGCCCUCGCUAUGAGGCCGAUCGGGGAAGAGGCGACUCCCGCGGCCGAUGGGAGACAGAACAGAGUCGACGAGAUGGAUAUAGGGACGACAGAUAUGAGAGAUCGGACCGAUAUGGAUAUAGGGAUGACAGAUACGAGAGGUCGGGUCGAGAUGGCUACAGAGGAAGUAGAUAUGAGAGAGGAGAUCGGGACUGGGAACGACAAGAUGGGUUACGUGGACGGUUUGAGCGCGGGGGAGAAGUGAGAGAGCAGCGCGACGAGUCGCGGGGAUGGCACAAUCGAGGGGGCAGACGCGAUGAGUCUCAAGGACGAUAUGACUCAGGGGACCGCCGAAAUGAUUCGCGAGGACGGUGUGAGCAAGCGGGUUUUGGAGAAGACUGGCGCAACGAUCCGCGCGGUCGGAAUGAGAAAGGGGGAUAUGGCGUCUCAUCAGAACCAUAUCCCAAAUCGCCUGACCCCAGGGCGGCCAGGAGUUCGAUCUCUAGAGGCGCAGACGACAGGGCAUCUACUCCGAGGAACUCAUGCGUCUACUGUAGAGGAGAAGAUCAUAUCAAGAGGGAUUGUCCGGACCUUAAACGGGCAAUAGAAGAGGGACUUGUCGUGCCUGACGACCGCAAGUACGUCAAGUGGGCAGAURAUCUCGGAGAUGUAUCGAUGUUCCCUUCAAUGAAGGAGAAUGUCGAAGCAAGGAGAAUAAAGACGAGUAAAGGAAUGGAGCCGGUCAGAAGCCAGAGCAUCAAGGUAACCUUUGAGGGGGAUAUGACAACCACACCGAUAAGGGUGGCAGCUGCCAAGUCGUUGAGAGGGUCUGCAUCGAAGAAAACUGACACGGAUUACGUGAUGGCGGAGAAGGACGGGCAGCGGAUCGAUGGAGAUGAGGUUAUCCUUUCGCCGCGAAAGCGGGGAGUGAAGAAGUUCUUAAUGAAGAGUUCGCAGGACGAGAUUGACACGGUCGAGCCAUUAAGGCGGGCCCUUCGGCAACCCAUGCAGUGCUCUAUUCUGGAGUAUCUGGCGGCAUCGAAGCCGGCUCGUGAUGAAUUACAGAUGAUCACGCGGAAGACUCGCAUACCUCUAUCAGAGAACGAUCAGGGARCCCCUAAGGCGGAAGCUUCUACAGUAGCAGUAACGGGGGUGACUGCCAGAGCGGAUCGCAUGGCGUCCGUCCUUCUGGAUGGAAUGGAAGGUGUGCCUCUAGACAAGUUUUAUAUACUGGGUAGCGGAGCCGUGGAGACGAUUAUAAACGAUGGAGCGGUACUCGAUGCUGUGAUUGAUAACGGCAGUUAGGCUUUCAUCAUAGACGAGGACCUGGCGGUACAAGUUGGACUGGGCCUCGAUAGGUCAUACCUAUUCGAGA